CCCAGUUUCACAAAUAUGUAGAAAAAGACGAGCAGCCGCUGUCAGUAUGAAUAGUUGGAUUGAUAUGCUGUCAUCUUUGAAACAAGAAGAGGAGGCAAAGUGCUCUAAUCCUACAGGUGGUGGGGAGUGUUGGAACAGCCACGACAGUGAGACCAUCGCCAAUGAGAUCGGAAGAAAGCUAUGCCAGUGGUUCUACUUUACAUUACCCAAACAACUACAUCAGAAGCAUCAACCUUUUAACGAACUGGCAUCCAGUUAUUUUACGGAGAAUGUACACCUUCAGUGCACCUAUAACAUAAAAGGACAAAAUAAAUUAGAAUGUACAGGUCUUAUGUUGACUACAUGGGUUCUGUCUGGAAUAUUCAAAGAAGAGAAUCUCCUCUUCAGCCCAAAUCUUGAUCUUGGAGGACUAAAGACAGGACACGACAGAUAUGGAGUAUUGACUGUGGAAAUCUCUGGGACUGUACACAAGGACAAUUCCUAUAUUGGUAUAUUUGAUCACACCUUCAAAGCUGUUCGUUUGCCAGGCAGACAGAACUUCAUAAUCAAAUCUGUUCAACUCAACAUGCACACAUAGGGGUAUGACACAAUAUGCAUUAUAUUGAAAGAAUAUAUGGGGUCAUUUAUUAGGAUUGGUGUUUUAGACGCCGGUCUUAAUAACCCUGCUCUGGCGCUUGAUGCGCCUAAGUUAUGUAGAGGUGCCAGGCUCUAUAUAUCUUAGACGCUGGACAUGCAACUUUCUAGUCCAAAAAUAGGCGUAGAAAAUUCUAAAUGAGACGGGCCGGACAGCCUCAUUCUCCGCCCACGCUAUGCCCCCUUUUUCCUGCCAUCUCGGAAGAGUGGCAUGAGUGGGAAAAUUCAGAGAUUCAGGCGCAAAUUCCCUUUGCAAAUGAAUCUGCAACAAAAUCACGUCAAAAAGUAGCAUACAUCUCAUCAUAAAUGACCUCCAUAGUUAUUUUGUUGACAUGGUUAUGUCGACCUUUACAAGCAAUGCGUCUAGAAUCAAAACCAACCAAACAGACUUUAAUUUUGUGUCUGUAGCUUUUAUGUGUCUCCAAGGUAACAGACCACAAACCCUCCAUGUUGUCAGGACCCUGGAGCUAUUUCUUGCUGUGCUCUAUCCGCUUUCCUCUACGAGGUCAGUAGCUUUCUCUUCAUAACUUCAGCAGAUCCACUGCCAGAGCAGUGCCAAUCCCAACAAUGAUCUCUUGCCUAGUUAGUACUCUCUGUUUUGCAUCGAUGAUGGGCAGUGACCCUGAAACAACUGUCUGCAGAUGAGGCACUGGCUUAGCUAUAAUCUCAAGUUAUUUCUCCUAUAUAAGAUAGCUAGCUUACAUCUGGUGCAUUAGAGACUCAGCUUCUUUUUACUUUUGGAAGGAGAACUAAUUGUCAAGUAGAGCAGAACACACGGUGUGGAGUAGCACAUGACUUCAAGUUCAGACUACACACAGCAUUAUUAGUAGUCUGUAACUAUGGUGAUACAUGUAUCUCGAGUCAUAGGAGUUAUAUACACAAAAUUGUAGCAUAUUUUUAUCAAGACUUUGAGCAGAGUUUCUUAAUUUCCAUGUAUUAAGGAGAUAUCUAGAAUUCUUUGGAAGGCUGGCAUAGCCAGCUGGACAUUUAUGGCGUUUUCAUUGGAUAUGUCAAAGAAUUAUGAAAGGUGUAGGUCCCGUUUCUGUGACAAGCAUCUAUAUGGUUGGACACGUGGCUCUCUCCUGUCACUACUAUAGAAGUUCUGAAAAUAUCCAAGUAUCUAAGUGUGCUCGGCUAUUUUCAGAAAUCCCAUAGAAGAUGUGGUCACCUCGGACAUUUAUGUCAUAUCCUUAAGUAGUCUACAUUUACACAAUGAAACUAGGCUUUAAAUCACUGUUCAAUAAAAUACAAAUUUCACAGCUAAAUAAUAUUAUUUUCCUUAUGAUGAAAUUAUAAUGCCUUAACAUCUUAGGGACUGUAUUUUGCAAUAAGGACAGCAAGAAUUUGCAUUUUCACAGCUGGAAUUUUUGUUUAAUUGAAAUUGGGGAUUACCUGAAUACAAAAUAUGUCUACUUCUU